UCGCUCGGCUGCUCUGCCGGCGCUGCCGCCCUCAGCCGCCACCACCGCCGCCGCCGUCCGCGGACCCCUCACAACUUGGCGGGGCCCCCCUGUUGGGUGCGGCCCGGCUCCCGGUGCCCCGGCCGGCUGCCCGCGGAGGGGGCGGGGGCCGCGGCUCGCCCCCCGCCGAUGCGCCGCCGCGGAGCGCGCAGCGCGGGCGGACGAUGGAACUCCACAUCCUGGAACACCGGCUGCAAGUUGCCAGCGUCGCCAAGGAGAGUCUGCCGCUCUUCACCUACGGCCUCAUCAAACUUGCCUUCCUGUCGUCCAAGACCAGGUGCAAGUUCUUCAGCCUGACCGAGACGCCGGAGGACUACACCAUCAUCGUGGACGAGGAGGGCUUCCUAGAGCUGCCCUCCUCCGAGCACCUGAGUGUAGCGGAUGCCACCUGGCUGGCCCUGAACGUGGUGUCUGGUGGCGGCAGCUUCUCCAGCUCCCAGCCCAUUGGUGUGACCAAGAUCGCCAAGUCGGUCAUCGCCCCGCUGGCCGACCAGAACAUCUCCGUGUUUAUGCUGUCCACCUACCAGACGGACUUCAUCCUGGUACGCGAGCGAGAUCUGCCCUUCGUCACCCACACCUUGUCAUCAGAGUUCACCAUCCUGCGGGUUGUCAAUGGCGAGACGGUAGCAGCCGAGAGCCUCAGCAUCACCAACGGCUUUGUGAAGCCCAAGAUGGUCCAGAGGCCAGUGAUCCACCCGCUGUCCAGCCCAAGCAACAGGUUCUGUGUGACCAGCCUGGACCCCGACACACUGCCCACUGUUGCCACCCUCCUCAUGGACGUCAUGUUCUACUCCAAUGGAGUGAAGGAUCCCAUGGCUGCCGCUGGUGAGGACUGCGGCCACAUCCGCUUCUUCUCCUUCUCCCUCAUCGAGGGUUACAUCUCCCUGGUGAUGGACGUGCAGACCCAGCAGAGGUUUCCUGGGAACCUGCUGUUCACCAGCGCGUCCAGGGAGCUGUGGAAGAUGGUGCGCAUUGGCGGGCAGCCGCUGGGAUUCGAUGAGUGCGGCAUCGUGGCCCAGAUCUCCGAGCCCCUGGCUGCGGCCGACAUCCCUGCCUACUACAUCAGCACCUUCAAGUUCGACCAUGCACUGGUACCGGAAGAGAACAUCAGCGGCGUCAUCAGCGCCCUGCAGGUCAGUCAGGCCGAGAAGCACUAGGAGCGUGCCGGGCCCAGCCCCCCGCCCCAAGAUCGUCCUCGCAGUAUUUCUCCACGGACUGGAAAAUCGGCCUCAGAGACUCCAAGGCAGGGGCCUCUAGGACGCUCCCCGAUUGUGACCCCUCCAGGCCUGAGGCCCAAGCCAAGGCCUCCCCCAGGCCCUCCUUCCUGCCUGCCCCAAGUCCCCAGGCCCUCCAGCCAUGAUCCCCAUCGCUCCCCCUCCAGCCUUACCCCCCGAAAAGAUAAGCUGGGCUUGGAGGGGGCGGCUGGGAAUCAGUCAUGGAUGGAAGUGGGCAGCUGGGCAGUGUCUCCUGCCGCCUGGUGGCUGAGUAGGGCUGACUGCGUGUGUGGACCCCUGGAGAACCCUGGAUGGCCUCAGUGUCCACCAGCUCAGGGCCCACUCCCUCAGACGCACACAGCGAGACUGUGGAGAGGGACCCUGUCCACGCCCUCCCCUCAGUCCCGGCCAGGAGACCCAGCAGCCUGGAGUGCCAGCCCCUGUCCUCCUGCUGUCCCCUAGAGCCUGCUCGGGCAGGCAGAGCCUCAGCUCCCUCGACAGGGGCAUCCCCAGCCUCCUAGAUCUAGACCAGCACAGGGCUCCCCCAUGGUCCUGCCCCCCUGCCCUGUCCCCCACUCCCCGGGGCCAUGCAAGGUCUCUGCCCCCAGCGCCCCUGCCUGCCUGCCCCCCUGUACCUGGGGCCGCAGUGCUCAGGAGCAUUUAACCUGGGAGGCAGCUUAACUGAGCCUUAAUAGACGAACCCGUGCUUCGCUUUAGUUUUUUAUUUAAUGUACUUGUGCCCGGGCUGCUGCCAGCAGCCGGUCGUCGCUGCUGUUUUCGGGAGAUGAAGCAGGGCGGGGCCUCAGGAGCUCCGCGUUACCUGCCCAGCACGCUGCCCAGGGACAGAUGCGAGCAGUGGCUCUCCCUUUGAGUGUGGGGGCCAGGGGCAGGGGUUUGGUGCGAGCUGAGGGGGCCGGGGGCUUCCCUCUGGGCCUCCCAAGCCAGCCUGGUUCUGUCAGACCACAAGGCCACAGAGAGCUGGGCAGCAAGUGGCAGCCCUCCAGGUUGGGGGGCUCCUGCCCAGGAGGCCCAACACCUGCUGCUUCAUUGCUAUCAGGGGCCUAGCCGAGUUGGGCUGCUGCCGGAAGCUCAGAGAGGAAGGCAGGGAGGGUUUUGCUUGUCCCGCCAGUGGUGGUCUGUGGGUCCUUCCGCCCCCUUCUCCCAGCAGGGUGGGUCAGAGACGGGAGCUCUUUAGGCUGCCUGGGGGCUGCGUGGGACCAGCCACUCCUGUUAGAAAAAACCCUUGGGUUUUGUGGAUUUUUUUUGUUUUGUGUUGUUUUGGAUGAAUUCAUUCUUUUUGCACAAAAGCUCCCAAAAUAAACCAAAUCUUGGCUGUUGUCUGCUGGUCCCACAAGGUGGCCCUGGCAGUGGCGGAAGUCCCCCCUCUGACCUCGGAAGGCCUUGCCUGUCCGUGGCUCGUCCGUCACUUUUUCGCCUCUCCUCCGUGCCAGGCGAGCAGCAGCCCCUUGUCGGCCCUCCCCUGCCCCCCACCCGCGGCGUACGUCCCUAGACCUCCUUGGGCCUGUCCGUUGUACACAUCUAUGAAUACCUGUGUUUUAUGUUGAUAGAGCUGUAUACUGUACAUAGCAUAUAUACUUGAGCAAUAUAUACGUUAAUAUAUACUG